AUGGACACAACAAAUGCGCACAAAUCAAUUAAUACUGAAAACAGAAGCAUAACUGAUAUGAGCAAGUCAGAGUUGGAAAUGUAUCGCCACGGACCAGAGACAGAGUUGUCCGCCCUUGUUUGUCAUGCUUCAGAGGCUGGAGAUUUUACAGCUCUAAGGGAUUACUUACAGAUACUGUCGGAUACAGAACCUGAAAAGAUAAAUGAGACUGACAAAGCAGGAAUGACAGCUCUACAUUUUGCUGUUUCUUGCCAAAACUUGCAUGCAGUGAGUAUGUUGAUACGUUAUGGAGCAAAUGUAGGUGCACAAGAUGUACUUGGCUUUACUCCACUCUUUCUAGCCACUGGCCGGUACCCAAAUUUGGAGGUGGCCAGGUACCUAUUAAUGGAAGGAAAAUCUGAUGUUAAUGUGAAAACCCACAGUGGAGCCACACCACUCCAUGGUGCAUCUCUCCAGGGAAAUAUUGAUUGUUUAAAGCUGCUGCUGGAAUGGAAUGGAGACCCACGGAUAGAAGAUGAAGACGGAACUACUCCGUUUGAGCUGGCAAAAGAUGACAAGACCAAAGCGGUCCUUCACGAUGCCAUUAUUGUAUUUGAUGCCAAGAGAGACACAGUAGAUGCAAUAUGUGCAUGGUGUAAACAGAUUCCCAAGGCUGGACUGAAGAGAUGUGGUCGGUGUCAUGUGACCAUGUAUUGUCAACGAGAUUGUCAAGUGAAGCACUGGAAGGAAGGAGGGCAUCGGAUAGCUUGCUCAGGUUUUGUCGUGGCUCGGCCCUUUCAUGCUAAUGAGAGGAAGGGACAAGGUAUUCAGACUUCCUUCUACCGCGUAAUGGGCUCCACGAAACCUAAUGUCAAAGUCUUCAUGCGCAAUGCCAGUGAAGCCCCUCAGAAAAUGGAAUUCCUCAGAAACAAAAGAUUUGUUGUCAAAGUACAGGUUCCAAUUGGUAACCUACCGUGUGGAGAAAUGAUGGUGUAUAAUGCUGACCGAACUGUGGAAGGUUUCGUCUACACUAAAGAGAAAGGAUAUGAAAUUCUUGCUAACAGGAUCCGGACAGAAGGUUUUAUGGGUGUGAAAGCUUUCUUCUGGGCAGAGCUAACAGGUGACAGUGAUGGUUCCUUCAGAAUAUUUCACGGUCGAUGUGCACCGUACCAACAAUGGUAG